AGAAGAAAGAGGAAGUAAAGCGCUCCUCGCAGGCUAACGGGGGCGUGGCCGAAUCGCUUAGCGUCUGUAACAUUAAAGUUGUUGUCUUUUUGUUAUAAAGCGUCACCUAGAACUCAUUUGUAUAGUCCACGCAAACGCGAAUAUUUUAUCGCAACGUUUUAAGCCGUACAUUUUAAUUUGCAGCUGGAGUGGCUUUGUUUCGAGCAGUAGCAACAAGCUCGCUAGCUGGUUAGCCAUGACAGUUUUUAGCAUCGCUAGCUAAUCGUUAGCCGAGAGAGCGCAGCCCUUUAACGUUCACAUUUGUCCGUGGUUUUAUGUUGUACAGACACCACAGACCCGAAGCAGAGGUGGCAGAUACAUUAGGUUUAACGCUGGGGGACUGACAUUGACGAUGGCACUGACUGUGGAUGUCUUUGCAGACGAGGGGUGGCUCUGAGGAGUGAUUCAGCCGGAUGAGUUAGCGACAAUGUCCUGUAAAUCAACCAAAGCCCCGAGUGUUGAUUUCGACCACAGUUGCUCCGACAGUGUGGAAUAUUUGACGCUUAAUUUUGGUCCAUUUGAGACUGUCCAUCGCUGGAGAAGACUACCUCCGUGUGAUGAGUUUGUUGGUGCAAGGCGCAGUAAGCACACCGUUGUGGCGUACAGGGAUGCCAUAUAUGUGUUUGGUGGAGACAAUGGGAAGAACAUGCUGAAUGAUUUGCUCCGUUUCGAUGUGAAGGACUGCUCGUGGUGUCGAGCUUUCACCACUGGAACCCCACCUGCUCCCAGAUAUCACCAUUCAGCUGUGGUCUAUGGCAGCAGCAUGUUUGUUUUUGGGGGCUACACUGGAGACAUAUACUCAAACUCAAACCUGAAAAACAAAAACGACCUUUUUGAGUACAAGUUUGCCACAGGCCAGUGGACUGAAUGGAAAGUAGAGGGAAGUUUGCCAGUGGCAAGAUCUGCACAUGGAGCCACAGUUUACAAUGAUAAACUGUGGAUAUUUGCUGGUUAUGAUGGAAACGCCAGGCUGAAUGACAUGUGGACCAUCAGUCUGCAGGAUAGAGAACAUGCAUGUUGGGAAGAGAUUGACCAGAGUGGUGAGAUUCCGCCAUCUUGCUGCAACUUCCCUGUAGCUGUAUGCAGGGAUAAGAUGUUUGUGUUUUCUGGUCAGAGUGGAGCCAAGAUCACAAAUAACCUUUUCCAGUUUGAGUUCAAGGGCCACAUGUGGACACGUAUUCCGACUGAGCAUUUACUGCGGGGCUCCCCUCCACCUCCUCAGAGACGCUAUGGUCACACCAUGGUGGCCUUUGAUCGCCACCUCUAUGUAUUUGGUGGCGCUGCUGACAACACUCUGCCUAAUGAGCUGCACUGCUACGAUGUAGACUCUCAAACUUGGGAGGUGAUCCAUCCCAGCCUGGACAGUGAGAUGCCCAGUGGGAGACUUUUUCAUGCUGCUGCUGUGAUUCACGAUGCCAUGUACAUCUUUGGAGGGACAGUGGACAACAAUGUGCGCAGUGGAGAGAUGUACAGAUUCCAGUUCUCAUGCUAUCCAAAGUGUACUCUUCAUGAAGACUAUGGUAAACUGUGGGAAAAUCGCCAGUUCUGUGAUGUUGAGUUUAUUCUGGGAGAGAGGGAGGAGAGAGUCUUGGGGCACAUCGCCAUAGUGACAGCAAGAUGUCAGUGGCUGCGUAAGAAAAUCCUGCAGGCACGGGAUAGGCAGCGACAGAAGGCGAAACAGGAAAGCAAUGAUGAGAGUGAUGAAGGAGCCACUGGAGGUCCAAGGGAUAUCCCAGCAGGCCACAGGCCAUCAGGCACACAGCUGAUGCUGGAAGUUUCCAUCAGGGAAGCAGAGGCCCAGCCUUUUGAAGUCUUAAUGCAGUUUCUCUACACAGACAAGAUCCAGUAUCCACGCAGAGGUCAUGUCCAGGAUGUGCUUCUGAUCAUGGAUGUUUACAAACUCGCUCUCAGUUUUAAGCUCUCCCGCCUUGAGCAGCUUUGUGUGCAGUACAUCGAGGCAUCUGUCGACCUGCAGAAUGUUCUCAGUGUUUGCGAAAAUGCCAACAAGCUGCAACUGGACCAGCUCAAGGAGCAUUGCCUUAAUUUUGUGGUGAAGGAGUCGCACUUCAACCAGGUGAUCAUGACCAAGGAGUUUGAACGCCUGUCCACGCCAUUGAUUGUGGAAAUAGUGCGGCGAAAGCAGCAGCCUCCUCCCAGGUUGUACUCGGACCAGCCUGUUGACAUUGGGACCUCCCUGGUGCAGGACAUGAAGGCUUACCUGGAGGGAGGCGGUCUAGAGUUCUGCGACAUUAUUCUGCUGUUAGAUGGACAUCCACGCCCCGCACAUAAAGCUAUACUGGCAGCACGAUCCAGUUACUUUGAGGCCAUGUUUCGCUCCUUCAUGCCCGAGGACGGUCAGGUUAAUAUCUCUAUCGGUGAGAUGGUUCCAAGUAAGCAGGCCUUUGAGUCCAUGCUGCGGUAUAUCUACUAUGGUGAUGUCAACAUGCCUCCAGAAGAUUCCCUUUACCUGUUUGCUGCACCAUAUUACUAUGGAUUUUCCAACAACAGGCUGCAGGCUUACUGCAAGCAGAAUCUGGAGAUGAAUGUCACUGUGGAGAAUGUCUUGCAGAUUCUGGAGGCGGCAGAUAAGACACAGGCGCUGGACAUGAAGAAGCACUGCCUGCACAUUAUUGUCCACCAGUUCAUAAAGGUAUCCAAGCUCCCAAACCUGCGGUCUCUCAGCCAGCUGCUGCUGUUGGACAUCAUUGAGUCUCUAGCUUCACACAUAUCAGACAAACAGUGUGCGGAGAUGGGCUCCGACAUUUAGGGUGACGCCUCUUUUCUCUUCUUACAGAAGCCAUAUAUCUCUGCUCCACCUACCACCACUUCCUUAUUCCCCACAUGCGCUACCUUUCUUAAGUUGGUACUCACAUGCCUUCAGUCCAUGUGAGGAGUGAAAUCAGCGAAGAAACCAAAUAGCUAGCUCACUUUACACAUGUUCAAUAAUCUGAAAAUGUCCCCCGUUAUGUUUUUAUUUGUGUAACUUAUUUAUUUUUAUACACACAAUUUUUUUUUCUCUUUUCAUCCUCGGUAUUGCAUUAAAAAGCCCCCAGCUGACUUGUUUUAUGAUGGCUGCUCAGAUACAUACUCAGUCUACAUACAACUAAAAAGUAUAUCAAUAAGUGGAUUGUUUAUCUCGAUAUAUAUUCUUCACUUGUAUUAUUCUCAGCUCUGAGACGGCUAACACCUGUGGUAAGGAAUAAAGACCAUUAUACGAGGAUAACUACAAUGUUUGUCUGCUUUAAAGCUGUUUUGUCAGUGGCACAAGCCUUGGUUAUUCUCAUCCAUCACUUAUUCAACAUGGAAUAUACAAAUUUGUGUUUAGUGACAACAGUGUGCUGUCAUUAAAUAUUUACCCUCAUCCAUGUAUUUAAAGCCUUAAUAAAUCUUGUACAAUAUUA